GCUGCGAGUUCGCCAACUCGCACGUCGACCUCAGCGUGCGCAAAUGCGCCGAUGACCUUUCGAGGGCCCACCUGUGCCCCGACGCCGAGUUAUCAGCGUGCAAGAGGCAGUGCUCCGACAGUAUCCUCAGCAAUGAGCUCCACGAGAUCGCCCCCCAGCAGAACGAAGGGAAGAAAGCUGUCCCACCCGCCUUCAUUGGCAGGGGGGCACACCGCCACGCGCGUUCACUACACUACAGCAGGAUCAAGAUCGACGGCGUAGCGAAUCAUGCCGCGACCUUUCUCGGCUCCGUGAUGAGAGCCAAUGGCCUCAACAACG